GAAAAAAGGAAAAAUGGUCGACUAUAGUAUUCCGAAAAAACAAAAGGCAGUAAUUACGAAUUAGUUCCAACGGUAAGAAAGAGAUGGCAUCAAAUUGAAGGGAAUUAACAGAAACAACCGAUUCCAAAUUCAGUGUUCUAAGUUCUAACGACGGAGUACGCUUUGUCAGAGGUUGAGGAUGCACGUCAUGGAGUAACUGGCACCCAGAUUUUUCAGAUCUCUUGUGCCCGAUCCAAGCUCUGCUUUGAUCGGCCAAUUGCCCGACAGAUCAGAAACCGCUGCUGUCUUGAGAGCAGGUACGAGUGAUUAGGCAAUAUGCAGCACAAUCCUCCUACUGUCGAGGAACAGUUGGUUUUAAAAGCAAUCAAAGAGGAAUGCCCUUGGGAGAGCCUCCCGAAACGGCUUCAAGCAACUCUAGGUUCUAAAGAAGAGUGGCAUAGAAGGGUAGUUGAACAUUGCAUUAAGAAAAGACUUCAAUGGAACACUUGUUUUGCUCGCAAAGUGUGCAAAGAAGGUGAAUAUUAUGAGGACAUGAUGCGUUUCUUGCGAAAGAACCUGGCGCUGUUCCCUUAUCACCUUGCGGAGUAUGUUUGCCGUGUGAUGAGGUUAUCGCCUUUCAGAUAUUACUGUGAUAUGAUAUUUGAGGUUAUGAAAAAUGAGCAACCAUAUGACAGCAUUCCAAAUUUCAGUGCUGCAGAUGCUUUCCGACUGACGGGAAUUGGAAGAAAUGAGUUUAUUGAUAUCAUGAAUAAGUGCAGAUCUAAGAAAAUCAUGUGGAAGUUGAACAAGUCAAUUGCAAAAGAAUUAUUACCUACACAACCGGUUGACUUUCCAAUUGAAUCAUGGUGGGGGGUCUGUCUAGUCAACUUUACUCUUGAAGAAUUUAAGAAACUCUCAGAAGAAGAAACAGCGACGAUAGAUAAAGUGUGUAAGGAGGAAGCUAAUUCGUUUAUCCUCUUUGAUCCUGACAUCAUAAAGGGUCUGCACCGUCGCGGUUUGAUCUACUUUGAUGUUCCUGUCUAUCCUGAUGACCGAUUUAAAGUUUCCAGGCUUGAAGGGUUCAUUUCCAACAGGGAGCAAUCUUAUGAAGAUCCAAUUGAGGAGUUAUUGUAUGCAGUCUUUGUUGUUUCAAGUGAAAAUGCAACUGUUGCUGAACUGGCAUCAACUUUACAGGCUGAACUCUCACAGCUGCAGGCUGCCGCAUCAUUUGCUUGUCGGUUAGGUUGGGCAGUGAAAGUAAUUGAUCCGGCAUCUAUUCUUCGUGAUACAACCAUACAUGGCACUCCCAGAAACAAUCUUAUUGAUGAAAAUGAUUCUUCUCUUUCUAGUAUAGGCUCGGCAAGCAUGUCUGUUGAUGACAAUGCUGCUCAGCAAGGAGAUAUUUCUGGGACAGAAAACUAUGGGCCACAUAAUGGUCAUGCUCGUGCUGCUUUCAUUGUUGAUGCUAAUAUAACAUCUUAUCUAAUGAUGGGAUCUGUUUCACCAGGCUUGAAAUCUCAUGCCGUCACAUUAUAUGAAGCGGGAAAACUAGGUCAUGCCAGCAUUGCAGAUCUUUGCAAGGAUCUUAGCACAUUAGAGGGAACUAAAUUUGAGGGUGAAUUACAGGAAUUUGCAAAUCAUGCUUUCAGCCUUCGUUGUGUUCUGGAAUGCCUACUAUCAGGUGGGAUUGCUACUGAUGCAGGAGUUGAGGAAGUUUGCAGUAAGAUGGGUGUUUUGUCUUCAAGUAGUGAUGAGACCACUUCUCUGAUAGCUACAACGACUUUGGCGGAGAAUUCAAUGCACCCUGAUACAGGUGCAACUGGGUUGGACAUUGAUAAUUCCUUGAGAUCACUGUUGCCUCAGCAGACUGUUUUGGCUGAGCCUGUUUCUGGAAGUCCUGGUGAUGACUCAGCAUUUUCUUUAUCUGAAGACAAUAAUAUUACCGUUGAUUAUGAAUCAGAUCCUCAUGUACAGGGUGAUGAGAAAAUUGUACCAAAUGAAGGGUCUGAUGUUGGAAAAGGAACGUCAAUGCGGAAAAAGAAAUAUUGCGUAGAUAUUCUCCGCUGUGAAAGCUUGGCUGCUCUAGCACCUGCAACUUUAGACCGGUUAUUUCUUCGUGACUAUGAUAUUGUUGUGUCCAUGAUUCCUCUUCCUUGUUCAUCAGUUCUUCCUGGACCAGCAGGUCCCAUUCAUUUUGGUCCUCCCACUCACUCAUCUAUGACACCAUGGAUGAAGUUGGUACUAUAUUCAGCUGUGGCCAGUGGGCCCCUAUCAGUUGUUCUGAUGAAGGGACAAUGUUUACGCCUGCUUCCAGCGCCAUUGGCUGGCUGUGAGAAAGCCAUCAUAUGGUCGUGGGAUGGUUCCACUGUUGGAGGGUUGGGAGGGAAAUCUGAAGGAAAUCUGGUUAAGGGAAGUAUACUUUUGCAUUGCUUAAAUUCACUUCUGAAGCACUCGGCAGUUCUAGUGCAGCCCCUGAGCAGAUAUGACCUUGAUGAAUCUGGAAAAAUGAUUACUAUGGAUAUACCAUUGCCCCUAAAGAACUCUGAUGGUUCAAUUGCUCGUAUAGGUGAUGAAUUGAGUCUCUGUGAAAAGGAAAGUUCAAAGUUAAACUCUAUGUUAUCUACUUUGGCAAACAAGCUAGAGCUAUCAACAGUUGGGUACAUUCGACUGUUAAAACUAUUUAAUGAAAGAGAGUCGGAUCACUUUGCACCUGACAAUGAAAGAUAUGAAUGGGUUGCAUUGAGUGUGGAAUUCGGGAUACCACUUUUUAGUCCGAAGUUAUGCAACAACAUAUGUAAAAGGGUUGUCUCAUCAAAAUUGCUUCAAGUAGAUUCACUUUCAGAGCAUCAUGAUUCAAUGCAAGCCUUACGGAAAAGGUUACGUGAUGUCUGCACAGAAUACCAAGCAACAGGUCCUGCAGCCAAACUUCUAUACCAGAAAGAGCGUCCAAAGGAAAUAUCUCGACAACUCAUGAACUAUGCUAGUGGAAGGUGGAAUCCCCUUGUUGACCCAUCGUCCCCCAUCUCAGGGGCCUUGAGUGAACAUCAAAGAUUAAAACUUGCUAAUCGACAGCGCUGCCGGACUGAAGUUUUGAGUUUUGAUGGUAGCAUCUUAAGAUCAUAUGCCCUUGCUCCCGUUUAUGAGGCUGCUACUAGGCCCAUUGAAGAAGCUCCUUCAGUGAAUAUGCCAAAAGUUGAUCCAGAUGAAGCUGAUACCAGAGAAGUAGUUCUUCCUGGUGUCAAUCUUCUUUUCGAUGGUUCUGAAUUGCACCCCUUCGACAUAGGUGCUUGUUUGCAGGCAUGCCAACCAGUUGCCUUAAUAGCAGAGGCUGCAUUAGCCUCAGCUUCUGUUGCACCAACCUCAGCUUCUGCUGCACCAGCCUCAGCUUCUGCUGCUAUUAAGUAGGACUUUCUGCAACAAUCUUGCUUCCAUGGUGUAAAAGUUGAUCUUCCAUUAUAGAGUUGGACCUGAGUUGUCAACUUAUCACAUCCUACGUCCUACCUGUAUUCAGCGUGUUCCGUCAGCUGCUUUAUCUUUGAGGGUGGUCACUGUGGAGGCUGUUGUGCAGUUGGGCUUAUGUCUGAGGUAGAGAUUUUGUUGUCUUGUGCAAUCUACAUAUUCCACAAAUGGUUUUCAGAUUUACUUUGCACUUUUUGAAUUCCCAAAACUUCUUUGGUAAUCCUAUCGCUCAAAAAAAAAAAAGAAGGUUUUGCUCAAAUGCUUUUUUGUUUGAAUGGAAAAAAAAUAACUAUGAAGUUAUAAGAAUGGAAAAACUGUUAAUGGAAGGUCUACACUGUCAAUUUUGGCUGCUUAAACUUGCUUUUCCUAGUUCUUCCAUUCCUUUACAUUUUGCUCUUUUGCUUGUGGGAAAUUAUCGGAUUCAGAGAUCGAAAUAAAUUGUGUUUAUGCUUUCGCUUCUCA